UCAUUUUGAACAGAAAAAUAUGGGACCGACACUCCGAAAAACAUGAAGCAUUUCAACGAACAAUAGAGCGAAUAGAAAAUCUCAAGAAAAACGCAGACAGAAAUCGUUUCUGAAAUUUUCAGCAAAACGCCUUCCCACGAAGGUUGAAGAUUUGGAAACCCUAAAGCAUUCGGUUCGGAGCUCUGCUUCAGCCUUUACAUAGAAUAAUUCUUUUCUGCAGAGCUUCUUUGCAUUUCUAUGCGUGCGUGAUUAUAAUAAUAUCAAAUGAGAAGAAUCACUCAGAAAUGGUGGCGAGGAAUUACACAACCAUUAAUUUGAGAAGAAAUGGUGGCCAGGAGACUCCGUUAUUGUUUCGUUAAUUUGGGAAGAAGAAAUGGUGGCGGGGAGACUCCGUUAUUCUUUCAUUGUAUUCGUGAUUUCACUAUGUGUAAUAAUAUCUUCGGCUGUUCGUUCGGAAGCCAAACGGAAAAUUUUGGAAACUCUCAUCGGAGAAGGAUUACCUACCAAAUUCCAAUUUGUCGACGAACCUACGGCGGAACAAAUGCUUAUCAGUUGCAGGAAAGAGAUUGCAAGUAGUGAAGCUGUUAAAUCUUUCGAUUCCUACCUUGAACAUGCCACGACUGAGAUUGCAGAAGUGAACUUGCAGAAGAAAAUAGAACUACAUGAUGUUAUUUCAGAUCUUUCUCCGUUAUUGAAGCAGAAUUUCUUGGAUUGUUUGAGGAGAGAAAUAUUGCCUAAAGAAAAUACUGUUGAUUUGAGGAUUUGGUACUCCAAAUGUUUAGAAUAUGUUUUUGGUUGCCCUGUCGUUGGUCAGGAUCCAUCACAAGAACAAGAACAAUCAAACUCCGAAAAGAGUUCAGAGCUAUGGCUAUCAAGACGUCUUGGUGACUCGGAUUCUUCUGAUGAUAAGUCUAAGAAGAAGGACAAGGAUUCGUCCAAGUCUAAGAAGAGUAAAAAGAAAUCUUCAAAAAAGGAUGACGAGGAGGGACAGAAGGAAAUCAUUAUGGCAUCGGCCUUAACAGCUCUGAGUGUAGUAUUAUUUUCUUGUGUUUGUUGCCUAUGUUGCUGUAACGGAGAUGGAAGCAAAGUGAGCCCAAGAGAUGACAGCGGAUAUAGAGAUGAUGGUCCUCUUCUUAACGUUUGUUCAAGCGAUCUAUCUGCUGGUUCGACCGAGAUGUCUAAUUGUGUAGGAAAGUCAGGUAGUAAAAACUUCAGAAGAGGAGCAUCGGGUAUUGAUUUAACAACAGGAGGUGGACACCAUGACGGGAAUUCUCGACCAUCGAACUAUAUUGGAGGCACUUCUUCUGGGAGUCUCUUGCCAUUACCGCCUGGACGAAAGCCUCCUCUUCCAACGUCAAUGUCAACGGCAAAGACGGCAGCAGCAGCAGCAGCAGGAGAAGCACCUGAAUCACCUCCUGUAGAUCCGCAGCCAAUGCCACCACCACCUCCAGUACCUAAGGGUCCUCCUCCUCCCCCUCCUCCAAAAGGUGGCCGUGCUCCACCUCCUAUGCCACCAAAACCUGGAAAUUUGCCUAAACCUCCGUCCGGUCCUCACCAUAGAGGGCACUCUUCUUCGGGUGGAAGUGGUGACUUUUCUGGUGACCCGGAUUCUCAAAAGGCCAAGCUUAAGCCAUUCUUUUGGGAUAAGGUUAUGGCUGAUCCUGAUCAUACCAUGGUCUGGCAUGAACUUAAAGCUGGGUCCUUUCAGGUGAAUGAGGAAAUGAUGGAAUCUCUAUUUGGGUAUGCUCCUGUGGAUAAAGCAAAGAUAAACAGGAGGAAAGAGUCGUCUUCUGAACCCGUUCCUCAGUAUAUCAAAAUUAUUGAUCCUAAAAAGGCGCAGAAUUUGUCAAUCCUUCUGAAAGCACUGAACGUAACAACAGAAGAAGUUUGUGAUGCGCUCAAUGAAGGAAAUGAACUCCCGACAGAGCUUGUGCACACGUUAUUAAAGAUGGCACCGACAGCAGAGGAAGAACUAAAGCUUAGAUUGUUUAGUGGCGAGCUUUGUCAGCUGGGACCUGCAGAACGUUUCCUGAAAGUGGUGGUUGAUAUUCCAUAUGCGUUUAAACGGAUGGAAACCUUAUUCUUCAUGAGCUCAGUGCUGGAGGAUAUGACAUUGAUGAAAGAAUCAUUUGCAACUUUAGAGGUAGCUUGUACGGAGCUGAAGAAGAGCAGAUUAUUCUUGAAGCUUUUGGAGGCUGUUCUGAAAACAGGCAACCGUAUGAACGACGGUACAUUCCGUGGAGGAGCACAAGCGUUCAAACUGGACACGCUUCUGAAACUAUCGGACGUUAAAGGAAUCGACGGAAAGACGACUCUCCUUCUGUUUGUGGUUCAGGAAAUUUCGCGAUCAGAAGGUGUUAGAGCUGCAAAAACAGCAAGGCAGCAGAGCAUGUCCAGCACGACGAAAACAGAGGAUCUAAAGGACGAAACGACUCCCGAAACUAAGGAAUACUACCGCAGCCUUGGGCUACAGGUGGUUUCGAGUUUAAGCACGGACCUUAUCAAUGUAAGGAAGGCAGCAGUGAUAGAUGGGGAUAACAUAGGGUCGACAGUUUCGAAACUUAGUCAGUCAUUGUUGAAGACGAAGCAGUUUCUUCAGAAUGAGAUGGCCUCUCUUCCGGGAGAGAGUGAUUUUCGUAAUACGGUAGAGAACUUUGUGCAGCAUACUGAAACGGAGAUAAAGUUGAUAGAGCAGGAGGAGAAGAGAAUAAUGGCUAUGGUGAAGAGCACGGGAGAUUACUUCCAUGGAGAUACGGGUAAGGACGAAGGAUUAAGGUUGUUUGUGGUUGUGAGGGAUUUCUUGAUAAUAUUAGACAAGGUAUGUAAGGAAGUGAAAGCAAAAACAGUUGUAGCUGCAAAACAACAGGUUCCGAAGAAGAGUACUCUGUCAGUAUCAGCUUCUCAAGAGUCUCGUCAUUCAAAUAUGAGCGAAGUUCGCGAGCGACUAUUUCCCCAAAUCAAAGACCGGCGGAUGGAAGGAUCCAGCAGUUCUGAUGAUGAAAGCAAAAGCAGCAUGUCUCCGUAGCCUUUAAUUUGAACAAGAAAAACAAGACAUAAAAAGGUUUGAACGAUCCCAUAUAUGCAUGCACCACCCACAAAGCUCCAAGAUUGAUUUGUUUGGUCUUUUGGGGGAAACAUACAUACAUACAUACAUGGCCGGUAGUUACAUUUAUUCACAAACUUUCCCUUCAUUUCUUGUAAUUAAUUUUUGUGCAAGGGGCCAGGAGAGGAAGAGGUAUGUAUAGUAUAGAGGUAGGUUUUUGACCAUGUCCAUCAAAUAUAUUUAUAUACAUAAUUUAGUUUAA